UUGAUUCCACCUGUCUCUUCUCUCCCUAUAAGUUCCACACACGUGAUAACCAAAAUUAGUCAUCGCCCUCAAGUUCUGAAUUUCCAUAAUUAACUAUGGCCGAAGUCACAUACAUAUGUAAACGUACUGUAGUAAGCACAAAACCGGUACAACCAGGAAAGUUCUUCCCUUUAUCGGUUCUAGGCCGCCUUAUGGAGCGAAACCAUCUAAGAAUUGUGUACUAUUUUCAAACUCCAGGAGGAAGGGAGGCUGGAGAAAUAACCAAGAAGUUAAGAGAAUCUUUGUCAGAAUUGCUUACAUGUUAUCCUAUAGUGACUGGAAGGUUGCUGAAAGACCAAGAUGGGCAAUGGAUGGUCAAGUGUAAUGAUGCAGGUGUAAGAGUGGUGGAAGCUAGAGCCAAAGGAAGUGUAGAGGAAUGGUUACGGAGUUUAGACAGGGAGAAGGAGCUCACGCUUAUCCAUUGGGAAGAAAUGUUCCAUAAACCUUAUUUUUGGUCCACUUUUUAUGUUCAGCUUACUGAAUUCGAAGAAAGUGGAUUUGCAAUUGGCUUGAGCUGCUUUCACCCACUGGCUGAUCCCACUUGUGCUACCAUAUUCAUGAAGGCCUGGGCCGACACAACCUUUUCUGGAAAAAUGAUCAGUCCACCUCUUUUCCACCCCCUACCGCCUAGAAGACCUGGAAACAAAAUUCCUAACCACCAGCCUUACACCCACUUGAUCAAUCACUAUAAAUCUACUAUUGGGAAAACAAGUUCGGUAACGGCCACCACUGGUCAUGCAUAUGCAACCGUUGCCCUCUUAUUUACAGACCCCAUGAUCCGAGCCUGUAUGGCCAUGUCUCGAACUACUCGUAGACCUGACCAACCAAACCCAUCACCGUUUCAGGCAUUAUCAGGGCUUUUUUGGGCUUGUAUAAGCAAAGUGAAAGGAAAAGAAAAUGGGUUAAUAGACAUGAGUAUAUGUUUAGAUAUGAGAAAAGUGUUGGGUCUAGAUCAUGGGUUCUUUGGCAACUGCAUGGUAUAUAACAAAGUCCAACCAAAGUCUUUAAGUAAUGAUAAAAUAUCAAGUGCUACUUGGGCUAUUGAAGAAGAAAUGGCAAAAAUGGACACCGAAGGGAUAAUGGAUUUGAUCGAGUGGCUAGAAUCAAAUGAUUGUCAAACUCCUCCUUUGAUGAACGGUUGUGAUCUCAUUUGUGCUAAUUUAGAAGGAGUUGAUCCAUAUUUGGCUAUAUUUGAAGGAGGUCUUGCACCUAUACGUGUUUCUUAUCAUGUCGAACCAGUUAGUGGAGCAGGGCAAGUGUUGGUCCUCCCUUCACCGCCUGGUGAGGGUGCAAUGAGCAAGGUGGUGAUGGUGACAUUACCGGAGGAUGAGGUGUUUAAACUAUGUGAGGAUGAUCUUAUUCUAGGCUUCUCUCCAGCUAUUUUGCUUGGAAACAAGAAAUGAACUGAAACAAGUGAUGUAGAUAUCUAAAAGCUUAAUAUCUUUGUUACUACUUACUGCUUUAUGAUCACUUUAAUGUGACAUAUAUCUAAUGAUAAUAUUAGUAAGGGGUUUCUGUAUCC